AUGGACGAAAGCAUAGAAGUCCCCAUGCAGAAACUCAGAGGAGAGAAACAACGGUUGGGGUAUCAUGCCAGAAUGGACAGAAAGGAAUCCAACACCAGAGUAGGCAACAUGCGAGAAACCAGAGGAAAAGACUAUCAAGCGGCUUGGGACACUCAAGACACUGGCAUUGGCUUUUGUGGCUCUUUGUUGGUGGGCUUCUCCUACCUGUUCAUGCUGCUUACCCUUCCCAUCUCCAUAUGGAUGUGCAUUAAGGUUGUGAAGGAGUACGAACGAGCCAUCAUCUUUCGCCUGGGCCGCAUUUUGCGAGGAGGACCCAAAGGACCAGGGUUGAUCUUCAUCUUGCCCUGCACUGACAUCUGCUCUGUUCGGGACAUGCGCACAAUCAUCUUCGAUAUUCCACCACAAGAGAUUUUGACCAAAGACUCUGUGACUGUGAGUGUGGAUGGUGUGGUGUACUACCGGGUGCAGAACGCCACUCUGGCCGUGGCUAACAUCACCAAUGCCGACUGGGCCACCCGACUGCUCGCCCAGACCACGCUGAGGAACGUCCUGGGAACCAAGAACCUGGAGGAGAUCCUGUCUGACCGUGAAGAGAUCGCACACAGCAUGCAGUCGACCCUGGAUGAUGCAACAGAUGACUGGGGGAUCAAGGUGGAGCGGGUGGAGAUCAAAGAUGUCAUGCUGCCCAAACAGCUCCAGAGAGCGAUGGCAGCUGAGGCGGAGGCUAGCCGCGAGGCCAGAGCCAAGGUGAUCGCGGCGGAGGGAGAGAUGAACGCCUCCUGGGCUCUGAAGGAAGCUUCCCUGACCAUCGCUGAGUCUCCGUCUGCCCUGCAGCUGCGAUACCUUCAGACCCUCAGCACCAUCGCCACCGAGAAGAACUCCACCAUCAUCUUCCCGCUGCCAAUGGAUAUGAUGCACUCCUUCAUGAAACGCUGA